AUGGCGGAUGAACAAAGUCACGCUCCCUCCGACAUCAACCAGGCAGAAAUUUUGGCGAUCAAUGAGGCCCUGAGGGCCGAGAAUCAGAGGAUGGCCAAACUCUUGCGACAGAUGGAGCACGAUCGUACCAAGGGGGAGCACAAGGGUACCGAACACAAGGGAGACAACGAUGAACAUACUUCGGAAACCAAGCAAACCAUCCCCAAAACCACGAAAACAACCGUCAAAAGAACCAACCAUUUCACAAAAGAAGUGAUGAGCUUCAAAAUGCCCGAAAAUCUCACACCGCCUUCAACCCUAAAACCCUACCAAGGAAUAGGAGACCCAAAUGUCCACGUCACCAAAUUUUAUGGCAUGAUGUUCAUGAAUAAAGAGUCUGACCCCAUCCUGUGCCGAACUUUUCCUACCUUUCUCGACGGGAUCGUGCUCAUCUGGUUCUCCAACUUACCUGAGGGUUCCAUCUCAAACUUUGAUGAGCUGGCCGAUCAGUUCGUCAAUCACUUUGCCGCGUCAAAGAUUUAUGUCCACAACUCCAAUUAUCUAAGUACAAUCAAACAAGGGCCGAACGAGAGCCUAAAAGACUACAUGACCAGGUUUGCAGAAGCAACCAACGAGAUACCCAACCUAAAUCCCGAGGUUCAUCUCCAUACCCUGAAAAGUGGCCUCCGGCCAGGGAAGUUCCAGGAGUCCAUAGUAAUAGCGAAAUCCAAGACCCUAGCCGAAUUCCGAGAGAAAGCAACGACUCAAAUCGAGGUUGAAGAAUUUCGAGCACUGCGAAUAGAAGUAAAGCCUACUCCAAACAAGGAGGAAGAAAGACGAAAUAGACACUCAGCCGGCAGGACAGACCAGAGACCGUUCAGACUAACUCCUAAAUUUAACAGUUACACUCCCUUCAACACAAAAAGAGAGAACAUUGUAAAAGACAUACUACACUCCAAACUCAUCAAACCCCCAAAUAGAGCUGGUACAUACCAGGACCAGAGACACGUGGACAGAUCCAAGUAUUGUGCUUUCCACCAAAAAUACGGCCACACCACGGAUAACUGUGUAAUCGCAAAAGACGUCCUUGAAAAACUGGCGCGCCAAGGACUAUUAGACAAAUACAUCGACGCUUGA